AUGGGUCGGGUAGCUUCGUUUGCGGAGAAGAUGUUUUCGAGAUCGAGGACAAAGUCGAAUACGAGCUCGACAAGUUCGUACGAUUUUUUAGAUCGGUAUGCUACCGGUGAACAACACAUGUCAAGGGCGCAUCCACCAUCAUCGAUGCCGAUUCUUCCUCACGAUGUCGUACCCCCAUCCCCUUCAUUGCAUGAGCUUAUUCUCUCGGAACCGGUCUCACUAACCAUACCCGAGAUGAAUGAACCCCAACCCUCCGACUCAAAGUUAGCUCGGCCUCCAUCUUGGUUAUCCACAUCAUCAGCUGGCACUGGAUCAAGUUCCGGUUAUUCACGACUCCUUGACAAAGAUUUCUUCGAUUCCUUCCCUCCGGUACCUGAAACGUUACCUCCUAGUCAUAGCCGGGCUAAUAGUCAAAAUACGAUUCGUACCGUAUCCCGACCACAUUAA